GUGACGUCACAACUAAGCGCGCACAGGUUGGGUUCGUAGUGGGGAAUUGGCGGUUUUUGGGCCCCGUGUCCCGUUUCCUCGUCGGGCGGUGAAGUAGGAGGUGCUUACCGAGUGACGGCCACCGGGUUACGUCACAUGACACUCCGCCAUGGGCUUCCUCAAACUCAUCGAGAUCGAGAACUUUAAGUCGUACAAGGGACGUCAGAUCAUCGGGCCAUUCCGCAGGUUCACGGCCAUCAUCGGGCCCAAUGGAUCCGGAAAGUCGAAUCUUAUGGAUGCUAUCAGCUUUGUCCUGGGGGAGAAAACCAGCAACCUAAGAGUAAAGACAUUACGAGAUCUCAUCCAUGGAGCUCCUGUGGGGAAACCUGCCGCAAACCGUGCAUUUGUUAGCAUGGUGUAUGCGGAGGAUAGUGGCGAGGAGAGAAUCUUCUCAAGAGUUAUUGUGGGUGGGUCAUCUGAAUAUAAAAUCAACAAGAAAGUAGUCCAACUGGCAGAAUACAGUGAAGAAUUAGAGAAGCUGGGGAUCCUUAUUAAAGCAAGGAACUUUCUGGUGUUCCAGGGAGCUGUGGAGUCCAUUGCAAUGAAAAACCCCAAAGAGCGUACGGCAUUGUUUGAAGAGAUAAGCCGAUCUGGGGAGCUGGCACAGGAGUACGAUAAGCGCAAGAAGGAGAUGGUGAAGGCAGAAGAAGACACACAGUUUAAUUAUCACCGCAAGAAAAACAUUGCUGCUGAGAGAAAGGAGGCCAAGCAGGAGAAGGAAGAGGCGGAAAGGUACCAACGGCUGAAGGAUGAGGUAGCUCGCGCUCAGAUCCAGAUGCAGCUUUUUAAGCUUUACCACAACGAAUCUGAAAUUGAGAAGCUGAAUAAGGAGCUAGGCACGAAAAACAAAGACAUUGAUAAGGACAAAAAACACAUGGACAAGGUGGAGGAGGAGCUGAAGGAAAAGAAGAAGGAACUGGGCAAACUGAUGCGUGAACAGCAAUCCAUUGAGAAAGAGAUCAAGGAAAAAGAUGCAGACCUGAACCAGAAGCGUCCUCAGUAUAUUAAAGCCAAAGAAAACACUUCACACAAAAUUAAGAAGCUAGAGACUGCAAAGAAGUCCAUGCAAAAUGCUCAGAAGCAAUACAAAAAGCGCAAGGCAGAUAUGGACGAGUUGGAGAAAGAGGUGAAAUCUGUAGAUAAGGCCAGACAGGAAUUUGAGGAAAGAAUGGAGGAGGAGAGCCAGAGCCAAGGUCGCGAUCUCACCCUAGAAGAAAAUCAGGUUAAACAAUAUCAUCGCCUGAAAGAAGAAGCGAGCAAAAGGGCAGCCACUCUUGCCCAAGAGCUGGAGAAAUUUAACCGGGACCAAAAGGCUGACCAAGAUCGCCUUGAUCUGGAAGAGAGAAAAAAAGUAGAAACCGAGGCAAAAAUCAAGCAAAAGCUGCGUGAAAUAGAAGAGAACCAGAAGAGAAUUGAAAAAUUGGAGGAGUACAUUGCCACUAGCAAGCAGUCACUGGAGGAGCAGAAGAACCUGGAAGAGACCUUGACUGAUGAGGUGGAGAUGGCCAAAAGAAGAAUCGAUGAAAUAAACAAGGAGCUGAAUCAGGUUAUGGAGCAGCUGGGUGAUGCCAGGAUCGACCGUCAGGAAAGCAGUCGGCAGCAGCGCAAGGCAGAGAUCAUGGAGAGCAUCAAGAGACUGUAUCCUGGAUCAGUGUAUGGGCGCUUGAUUGACCUCUGCCAGCCUACACAGAAGAAAUAUCAGAUUGCAGUCACCAAGGUGCUUGGAAAAAAUAUGGAUGCCAUUAUUGUCGAUUCGGAGAAAACAGGAAGAGAUUGUAUCCAGUACAUCAAGGAGCAACGAGGCGAGCCGGAAACUUUCCUCCCUCUUGAUUAUCUGGAGGUAAAGCCUACAGAUGAAAAAUUGCGUGAAUUGAAAGGAGCAAAACUAGUAAUUGAUGUAAUCCGGUACGAGCCCCCGCAUAUCAAGAAAGCUCUGCAGUAUGCUUGCGGGAAUGCUCUCGUAUGUGAUAAUGUGGAAGAUGCUCGAAGGAUUGCUUUUGGGGGACACCAGAGACACAAGACUGUGGCCCUAGACGGCACCUUGUUCCAGAAGUCUGGUGUGAUAUCUGGAGGUGCUAGUGACUUGAAAGCCAAAGCCAGGCGAUGGGAUGAAAAAGCUGUGGAUAAACUUAAGGAAAAAAAGGAACGUUUAACAGAGGAAUUAAAGGAACAAAUGAAAGCCAAGCGCAAGGAAGCUGAGUUACGGCAGGUCCAGUCCCAGGCUCACGGUUUGCAGAUGAGACUUAAAUAUUCCCAGAGUGACUUGGAGCAGACCAAGACACGCCACUUGGCCAUGAACCUCCAGGAAAAGUCCAAGCUUGAAAGUGAGCUAGCCAAUUUCAACCCACGGAUCAACGAUAUCAAGCGAAUAAUACAGAGCCGUGAGCGGGAGAUGAAGGACCUUAAGGAGAAGAUGAACCAGGUGGAGGAUGAGGUGUUUGAGGAGUUUUGCCGUGAGAUUGGAGUUCGUAACAUCCGAGAGUUCGAGGAGGAGAAGGUGAAGAGACAGAAUGAGAUUGCUAAGAAGAGGCUGGAGUUUGAAAACCAGAAGACCCGUCUGGGGAUUCAGCUGGACUACGAAAAGAACCAGCUAAAGGAAGACCAAGGGAAAGUCCAAACUUGGGAGCAAUCUGUGAAAAAAGAUGAAAAUGAAAUCGAGAAACUUAAAAAGGAAGAGCAGAGACAUAUGAAGAUCAUUGAUGAAACAAUGGCCCAGCUGCAGGACCUGAAGAACCAGCAUCUUGCCAAAAAGUCAGAAGUAAACGAUAAGAACCACAACAUGGAAGAGAUCCGCAAGAAGCUUGGCGGGGCCAACAAGGAGAUGACCCACCUUCAAAAGGAAGUCACAGCCAUUGAAACUAAAUUGGAGCAGAAACGCAGUGACCGUCAUAAUUUGCUGCAAGCCUGUAAAAUGCAGGAUAUUAAGUUGCCACUGACUAAAGGAACUAUGGAUGACAUCAGCCAAGAGGAGGGUGGGUCCCAAGGAGAGGAAUCUGUAAGCAGCUCCCAGAGAAGCUCCACUGUCUAUGCUCGAGAAGCCUUGCUAGAGAUCGACUACAGUGACUUGUCUGAAGACCUCAAGGAUGCAGUGGCAGAUGAUGAUAUCAAGCAGGAGAUGAGUUCGUUGCAACAAAAGCUGAACGAGCAGCAGAGUGUUUUGCAGCGUAUCUCUGCUCCCAACAUGAAAGCUAUGGAAAAACUGGAAAGUGUCCGAGACAAGUUUCAGGAGACCUCAGAUGAAUUUGAAGCUGCUCGUAAACGUGCUAAAAAGGCCAAGCAAGCGUUUGAGCAGACCAAAAAAGAGAGAUUUGACCGGUUUAAUGCCUGUUUUGAGUCUGUGGCAACCAACAUAGAUGAGAUCUACAAAGCCCUUUCCAGAAAUAGCAGUGCCCAGGCUUUCCUUGGACCAGAGAACCCAGAGGAACCCUACCUGGAUGGCAUUAAUUAUAACUGUGUAGCUCCUGGGAAGCGUUUUCGACCCAUGGACAACUUGUCUGGAGGGGAAAAGACUGUGGCCGCUCUUGCCCUUCUCUUUGCUAUCCAUAGCUACAAACCCUCUCCUUUCUUUGUACUUGAUGAAAUUGAUGCUGCUCUUGACAAUACAAACAUAGGAAAGGUGGCCAACUACAUUAAAGAGCAAUCCAUGACCAACUUCCAAGCUAUUGUCAUCUCCCUGAAGGAGGAGUUUUACACCAAGGCUGAGAGCUUGAUUGGUGUAUACCCAGAGCAAGGUGAUUGUGUGAUCAGCAAGGUCCUCACCUUCGACUUAACCAAGUACGCCGAUGCCAACCCUAACCCAAAUGAUCAGUAGUGAGCGUGUGAUGGAUUACAAGAGUUAUAUUUCACAUCCUUCUGGACAUUUUGUUACAUUUCUAUGUAUGCUCAACACAUGUGUUUUGAUUAUGGGACGACCUUGUCAAGUGAUUUUUCUUCACAUGGGCAUUUGUACGUGUAGAUACCUGCUGGAAAGCUAUGACCUGAUCUUUAUUUUUAAACCUAUGCCUUCUUAAUUUUAAUCCUAAUUAUGUUACUUAUCCACUGGCUCUUAUCCUUUCUAUCAGAUUCAUGGAAUUACUGUGUUUUAGAGGUCACCUCCUAUUUGGUUUGGAGGUGGAUAAUUUUAGCGCUUUUAUCACUCAUGUAGCUGUAAUGGCUUUUAUUGUUUUUAGUGUAUAUGUUCUUGCAGCUGCAUAGAUUGCGUAUUGUUUUGCAAUAAAGAUCCUUCAAGUAA